AUGAACAAUAACCUCGAAAGGCAUCGAAAGAAAAAGCACCAGUCCGGGCUCUUGGAAGCGCCGGUCAAGAUUUGCGACGAGACCCAAAUUGAUGUUUCCGCGGACGCACCGCUGUACAGUAAAGCGAACCUUAUGCGAGUAGCCACAUCAGGAGAUGUGGCUAUGCUGAAGGUCUUCCUAGACUCGGGCAUAUCAUUGGACACAAAGGCGGAUGAUCAAUCUACUGCUCUACACUGCGCUGCUAGAGCUGGCCAAGCAGCGGCAGUCGAGUACCUUCUUAUGAGGGGUGCAAGUGUUGAUUUGAGAAACGACAAGAAACGAUUGUCGAUACACGAGGCUAUUCUCAGUGGGCACUGCAAUGCCGUAGAGCCUUUUUUUGAGCGUGUCACACAGAAAGUGCUUUUGGAUAUGGCUCAAGAGUUGGAAAGUUGGAUGAUACGAUCAGGCACUAUCACUAUCGUCAAUGCUUAUAUCAGGCGCCUGGGCGACGACUUCGAAGACCGAAAAGCUUCAAAGAAAAUUCAAUUUGCAGUACAUACAGGCCAUAGCUUACUCGUAGCCACGCUACUUGACGACCCAGACGUCGACGUAAACCUGAUAUAUAGGGGCAACCGCGCCCUAAUACAUUCAGCGGCCUCGCUUGGAAGAAAGUCAGUUAUGGAAAUUCUCAUCGCUUGUGAUCGCGUCGACAAAACAUCGGAGACAAAUUUCUCUCGACAAGCACUGCAUAUAGCCGCCUCAAAUGGGCAUACAUCGAUCGUGGAGCAGCUCAUCCGCCAUCCAAGUGUUGAUGUUGAUUGCCGAGACAAAUACCAGGCAACACCUCUGCACUAUGCUGUCUCCAAUGGGCACUGGGAAACAGCUUCUUUCCUUCUCAAACACUCGGAGUCAUUGAGAGACGGUCAUUGCAUAUCAUCUGAUGUUUCGCCAACAAGUCUCUCGUUCACCAAAGAAGAUUUGCUUCACAGACUUCUCAAACGUCCAGACUUUGGAGGUCCGAACGAAAUAUUACCCGGAACGUUAAAGACUAUUAUUCAUGUCGCUGCUAGCAAGGGCGACUGCGAAGUCAUCGAAGUUCUGCUAGCCCACCCAGACAUCGAUGUGAACAAAUGUGUGGGAUAUUUUGGAAGUCCUCUGAUGUAUGCUGCUCGAAACGGCAAAUUGGAAGCUGCGAGACUGCUUCUUCAGCACAAAGAUGUCGAUGUAAACCAGAAGACUGGAGACCCUUGGAAGCACACAGCGUUGAACUUUGCAAAACUCUACAAUCACAACGAGAUCGUCGACCUCCUCCUCUCCCACGGCGCCAUCGACUACGACGCCAAAGCACCAACAACCGUACCGACAACCACACACAUCGACAACCCGCAAAGCAUCACUUUGCAACCCGACCAUGAAACUCAAUUCGAUCCGUUCGUCGAUGAUGUGGAUGACGGACCAAACGAAGCUUGGGAUGAGUUUCUUGCCGUGGAGGAAGGAAUGGAGGAGUGA